CAACUCGCAUGGUAUACGAAAUGGUAAAGAAGCUUCCAUAGUUCCAUUAGGCUCUUGCAUUGAAUUUGGACCAUUCUUCGUUUUUGUUAUUGUGUACAUAGCUCCGGGUAUUUUUCCUUUCUCCUCCAUCCUCAGGGAAGUCUUACUUGAUCAUCAAUUCAUCAAACGCAUAUUCCAUCUGGAAAUCAAUUCAGUAUCGGCCAAUCGACAAUUUCACGAAAUCUUUGUGUUCGCGGACAACGGCUGAGAGAGAGUUGGGGAGAUCGAAAAUGGCGACCCUGACGAGGCAAUUCCAACCGUCCGCCACCGGCACGAGAACCUUAACUAUCACCGUAGACGAUUCAUCUUCGCAGCCUGGAGAUUCUUCACCCGCUUCCUCUCUCCACCGGCCUCCCAGCGAAACCCUAGUUCUCAAAUUGAAGCGGAGGAAGAAGAAGGUGUCGUGGAAGGAAGGCACAGUGGAUAACGAGUUCCUAAACAGGAAAAGCUCUAAGAAAUGCUGCAUUUUCCAUAAGGAGAAGCCUUUUGACGAAGAUUACAGCGAUGAAGAAGAAGAAGAAAAUAAAGGCUGUUGUAAUGAUCAUCACCACAAUCAGGAUCAGGUGAAGAUUGGGGUACCUCAGUAGAUGCAGAGAUCAUUGAUUGAUUCAACUUGUAACCGUAACAAACUUUAUGGUAUAGCUGAAAAACUCAGGAGUUUUUCAAUUCUUGUGUUUUUCUCUCCUUGAUCAGGUUCGUGGAUUGAGGAUGUGUAAUGUGUCCAUGUAGAAAUUUGGAGUAUGGUUGGAUGAAAAACAGAUGAUGGUGUUAUCCAUUGAUGUUAUGGAGAAUAAUUGAAUUGUUUGGUUUUUUAUAUUUAAGUAUUCCUAAUUUACUAUA